GAACUAUCUUGUCUCGCCUGCGGACCGUUUGUACAGCUGUUUCACGUUGCUGAUAUUCUGCGCAAGAUGUUAUCCACGAUAUACACGCGAGACAGCGAUGGAAGCAGCUUCGCUGGAAAAUAAAGACAUUAUUGUGUGGCUUCCCUUUCCAUAAGGAGGCCCGCUGUGUCUCCUCGCCCACCAUGCGGAGACUCAACGACACCGACGCCGUCCGUAUGUAACGGAUAUUUUAUGGAAGGUGGAGCGAGAGGAGAUGUUGAGCGGCCGGGGAGAGUCGGGACAUCGGCUGUGUUUGGAAGACGAGCCGUAGCAAGCUAGCUCUCGUGACAGCAACGGAAACGGUAAUAACGGAACGGUGACUUUUCUUUUUUCUCCGCACGACGACCCAUCGGUUCGGUCAUCAUGGCUACGGAUGGCAACAACUUAACGUCAGGGAUGGGAGAGAUCAUCCAGCUGAACGUCGGUGGGACAAGGUUCAGCACCUCCAGGCAGACUCUGAUGUGGAUCCCGGACUCUUUCUUCUCGAGUCUGCUAAGUGGAAGGAUAUCCACUCUUCGUGAUGAAACUGGAGCUAUAUUUAUCGACAGAGACCCCACAGCUUUCGCACCAAUUUUGAAUUUCCUCCGAACCAAAGAAUUGGACCUGCGGGGGGUCAACAUCAGCGUCCUGCGACAUGAAGCCGAGUUUUAUGGAAUAACCCCUCUAGUGCGCCGCUUGCUGCUGUGUGAGGAACUAGACCGCUCAUCGUGUGGUAGCGUUCUCUUCCAUGGUUACCUGCCGCCUCCAGUCGUUCCUGCCCGUAAAUCCAGCGCGGCGGCCCUGGCGGUCUCUGGCCCCCCCUCUGAGGAACGGCCGGGUCCAAGUGGAGCAGAGUGCUUCGCCCGUGUUGGCCCCCCUCCCCACCCGUCCCUCUCUGGCUCACCUGGAAUAGACGACAAGCAAAAACUAGGUCCUGUGAUUGACCCGAGGAAAGUGUUGAUUAUAGCGGGACACCACAACUGGAUUGUAGCAGCUUACGCACAUUUUGUCAUCUGCUACAGGAUAAAGGAAUCUUCUGGAUGGCAGCAGGUGUUUUCUUCCCCUUACCUCGACUGUACCAUUGAACGCAUCGCCCUCAAUGCCAAAGUGGUGGGCGGCCCGCAUGGAGACAAGGACAAGAUGGUGGCCGCCUCCUCUGAGAGCAGCAUCAUCCUCUGGAGCAUCCAAGACGGAGGCAGCGGAAAUGAGAUAGGUGUAUUCACUCUCGGUGUACCUGUGGAUGAUCUAUUCUUUAUUGGGAACCAGCUGGUGGCAACGAGCCACACAGGGAAGGUUGGGGUGUGGAAUGCCGUCACACAGCACUGGCAGGUUCAAGACGUGGUUCCCAUCACCAGUUGUGACACAGCGGGCUCCUUCCUACUACUGGGCUGCAACAAUGGGUCCAUCUACUACAUAGACAUGCAGAAGUUUCCUCUGAGGAUGAAGGAUAAUGACCUUCUAGUGACAGAGCUUUAUCACGACCCUUCAAAUGAUGCAAUCACUGCGCUGUCUGUCUACCUCACACCCAAAACCAGCGUGAGCGGGAACUGGAUAGAGAUCGCCUAUGGGACUAGCAGCGGUGCGGUGAGAGUGAUUGUGCAACACCCGGAGACGGUGGGAUCGGGUCCACAGCUUUUUCAGACGUUCACUGUGCACAGGAGCCCGGUGACAAAGAUUAUGCUCUCUGAGAAACAUCUGGUAUCAGUGUGUGCAGACAACAACCACGUGCGGACGUGGACGGUGACCCGCUUCAGAGGGAUGAUCUCCACCCAGCCUGGCUCCACCCCUCUGGCUUCGUUCAAAAUACUGUCCCUGGAGGAGACGGAGAGCCAUGGGAGCUACGGCUCUGGGAACGAUAUCGGUCCCUUUGGAGAGCGAGACGAUCAGCAGGUUUUCAUACAGAAGGUGAUCCCCAUCACCCACAAACUGUUUGUAAGGCUCUCAUCCACUGGAAAGAGGAUCUGUGAAGUGCAGUCAGUGGAUGCGACCACCAUCUCUUGCUUUAUGGUGCGAGAGUGUGAGGGUUCGAGCCGUAUGGGGUCGCGACCUCGCCGCUAUCUGUUCACUGGUCACGGCAACGGAAGCAUCCAGAUGUGGGACUUGACCACUGCGAUGGACACCGCUACUAAAGGAGAGGAGAGGAAGAGAGAGGAUGCAGGUGGGCCUACAGAGGAAGAGCUACUGCAGCUGUUGGAUCAGUGUGAUCUUAGCACCUCCCGCUGUGCCACACCAAAUAUCAGCCCGGCCCCAUCCAUGCUGCACCAAACACGACUCAGAGAGUCCUGCUCGAGUCUCCAGUUACAGGCCCAGGAGCCCAUUUCUGAAAGUCCGGCUACGUACGGAGCUGUGCGACCCUACAGGGAAAGCCCCGUGCUGGCCCGGGCUCGACGAACGGAGUCCUUCCACAGCUACAGAGACUUCCAGAACUUCAGCCUGAGUCGAGGCGUCCUGGACAGCACAGGUCAGCAGAGCGCACAGGGCCCCGCCCCCGACGCCCGCCGCUCGCUCUGUGACUUCGGGUCCGAAGACAGCGAGAGGAGAGCCACGGCGAUGGAGUUCUGGGCCUGCCGAACGGCCAGCUCAAGCUCCAACACCAUAACUGGAGCCAUGGCGACCGCCAGUUUCCCCGGGUUGAAGACGGAAAGCGGCCCGGAGUCUCCGCGACAAGCCCCCAACAGCCCGAUUCCCGGAGGAGACGUCAGCCGAAGGUGCCCCUCAGCCGAGGAGGGACGAUCAGCGGAGAAGGAGUCAAGCGAGGGUGUGUCAAAAAAGAGGGGAGUGUUGGAGAGCGGCUUUCUGAGGAGAAAGAGGGCUCCCCCAGUCCCCCACCUCACCUCCCUCCCCUCCGGAUCCGACGGCGGUGGCAGCGACUCGUCUUCCACUGCCUCCCCCUCCCCAACCAAGCUGUCUCUGUCCACCUCACCCCGACACAGGAAGCUCGCCCCCGAAACGUCCAAUCAGGACAGCAGCCUGUGACGGCGCUCACCACAUUAGAGCAGUGGUCUCGUGGAGGAGUCCUGCAGGGGCAUGCGGGAGACGAGGCCUAAGAAUCACAGGAAAGGAGGAAGGGGGCCGAGGGGUGGUCCAGGACGUAGGUCCCUCUUGUUUUGGGACUGGUCUCCCAACUCGGCUCCUUUUUUCAGUGCAACUCAUCGGUGUCUUACCUUUUAAUUACAGAAGCACUUCUCCUUUGGACAUGAAGGAGAAGUUGCCACAUCCCAGCGCAAAUAGAACGGCAUCUCAACCGGGGAAAGAUAUCAGUUUUGGUUAAUUAGAGGAUUUCAAGUUUUAUUGUAAAAUCCGCUGGGAACGACGAGCUCGUAAUCUCAGUUUCUGUUGGCGGAACAGAUGACGGAGGACAGUGACGGAGCGUUUGGCACGUGCCAUCACGGGUGAAUUGUUGCGGCUGUUUGGUUGAAGCACAAGCAGGUGUUAAGCCAGCGAUGUAAAGCCUGUGUCAUUAACUCAUCAUGGUUCAGGUACAUUACAGUGACAGUACAAGUAAUAGAAUUGGGGUAAAUCUAUGUAAUGAGCUUUUUUUUUUAUCUUCUGAGGCCCUUAAACAGAUCAUGCAAGCAAAAUGAAAUUUUCAGAGUCACAGUUUGUACUUGACUGAUAAAUAUUAUAAUACAAGUUUUUGACGUUCAGUCAGGAAUUAAGUUUUUUCAGAACUUGAUACAAAUUAUUCAAGCUUACUUCUGCAUCUGUUUUCAAACAGAAGGCUAACAACUAAAAUGAUUCUCAUGAUCAAGAUAUAAGCCAAAAAUAAUGCAAAUCACUACAUUUGAAAAGGUGUAUUUCUAUUUGUGUCAAGUAACAUUUCUUUUGAGUGACCAAACCAUUGACUGACUAAUCGUUUCAGCAUUUCGCCCCUUUUGAAAGUAUCUAUGACAACAUGUGCAAUCUGUCGCAGCCGGAGCCGCGGCGGCUACUUGAACCCCCCCGUGCGUCCACUUCGCCGCAGCCAGAGACUCCGUGUCUUCUUAUUGUUGAAGCAAGAACAUAGAAAGCCACACCUGGCUGUUUAAAAAAAAAAAAAGUAUCUUUACAAGUUCCAGGAUACUGUAGCUGUAGCAUAAUGGCCUCACUGCUCCUCAACGAAUGGAGAAUAAUUACCUGCAAAAUGGCCGUUCAGAAGUCGACUUGUCGUAGUCCAACAGGAAGCGCACAGGUGAAACCAGCUGUGUGGCUCGUUUCCAUCGAGUGUCCCGGCCAGCCGGCAUCCACGGGACACCUGUGCUUUUACUGCUGCGAUGAGCCAAAAGUCUACAUUUUGAGGAAUUCUUCAUAAAACAUUCUGUAAAUGUGAAUUAGAAAAAAAGGGAAACAAAAAUACGGUGAAGAAAAAUCCAAUAUGUAAGAAGGAAUGCUUUGUGGUGUCGCUUAAACCAAGAGAAUGAAUUCACUGUUCACACAACUAAGUUCAGUCCUUUGCUCUCUCCUGUACAAGAGCACACUAAUAAUUAUUAUUUAUAUUUUUAAACACUAUAACUACACUCAACUCGAUAGAAGGACCUGGUAACUCACUUUACUCCCGUUCAAACAGAUUGUUAUGUGUCUUGUUUUGGUUUGGAUGACUGUUGCAGUGCCUUAUUUAACUUGUUUGACGGUUGUUAGCCUGUUUGUGUGUUUUCUUUUUUUGUUGAAAAGGAUUUUGACCAAAGGCUUGUGAGGAAUGUGGUGCUUCGUAACGGACCUGUCCACUCCGGCUUUGGAUGAAGCUCUGUCCUGGUACAUUUACAACAGUGCAAAUCAGAUUUUAUGAGUGGUCACAUCGUAAAUUGUACAUAAUCUUGACAUAGGUGAAGACUGUAAAGUCCAUCUGGGUAGUUGUGAAGGUCUAAACUGACAACGGAAAGUUAAAUGGCAGCAACCUUAAUUUGUGAGCUAAACCCGUUUCUUCGCUGUGAUAUUUCCACUAGCUGAAGAACAGGAAAUCCAGCUCUUAAACGAUGGUACUUAUUUGUAAUUGUUGAGGGGGACAACAUCAAGAAUUGGACUGUGAAAAUGGCAAAUACAACCAUUAAUAACAAUCUGCCAAAUCCAGCAGCUAUAAGCCUUCAAGUUGAUUUUAGCACAUUGCUUUUUAUUUCAACCUUAACGGAUCAACCGACCAUGUCGUCCCUGACUGUACAAAGAUGUACAUUUUUAUACACUUAUUAACUGUCUGAAAAGUGGACACUUGUAUUGAAAACAAAAUCCUAAUGUGGAUGCAUUAAUGUGUGUUAAUGUGUGUGGAUACUUACUACUGUCGUCAUUACGUAUUGUUGAUAAUCAUAAAUGCUUAUAUUGAUUUUCCUUUGGACCUAACUGCAUCUGCACUUGCACUAUUAAGACUGAUAAAGUAAAUUGCUAGUGUUUAUUUUAUAUAAAAUAUAUAAAGUUUAUUUCAGCACAUAAUUGUCCGUCCGUCCUUAACCGUUGUCGCUCUCUGGCUAUGUUUACAUUAUAUGACGGCCAGACGCUAGCGAGCUAAAAGUCAUACAUAGGUUUGUUUAAACUGCCCUGUACAACAUUGUUAACCACAUGUAUGUAAACAAUGCUGCAUUAUGUUGUAAUUCCAUUUACAAUGCUGACCCAAUAAUCAAGUAUAAUGUAACAAUGAACACAUCAGAGUCUCGAUGCAAUUAAACUUCAACUGUGUUCACUAAACCUCUCAAA